AUGGGUAGAGAGUCAAACUCUAAUCAAAACAAAGCUUCUUCUAAUGCUCAUGGCAGGUUUAUUUGCACAACGUGUUUCAGAGUAUUCCACACUGGUCAAGCUUUAGGCGGUCACCAAAGUGCCCACCAAGCGGAGAGAUCACUUAAGCCUCCAACACCUAAUAUUUUAGGUGCAGUCCUAAACCACCUUCCUCCAGAUGAGGUCCAAUUCGUGGCUGCAACCUUGGCUAGAUCUAAGUCCAAAAAAGAUCAAGCUCAAGGGUGCGAGCCUGAGUUUAACAAACAACAAGAUAAGUCCAUGCCAAUGCCAGGAAAUGGUGAUCGUAGUGUCAAGCGCAGGUUCCAAAAUGGAUCUUCUCAUCACCAUCAUUCUUAUGAGAGACAAGACAACGAAGAGACUUGGAGGCGAAAGCUCACAAAGAAUCUAUUAAGGGAAGAGAAACCAACAAAUAUUGUUGGGGAAGACGCAGGGUUGGAAAGAGUUUUUACAACCACCAUAACCAAUCAAAAUGUUAGGGUUUCAAGGGUAGAACCUAUUGAUGAUCUUGAACUUAAAUUGAGUAGAAGUGAGGAUUUGGACUUGGAGUUGAAACUAGGGUUUUGA